AUGUCCGUUGCACUUAUUUUCGACAGUACUACCGCAGACAUAGUCUCGACAACCAUACUGCUCCCGGUGGAGAUCUGGCUGCAGAUCAUCGAUGAGCUCUGUGCAGAACACGAAUACGAUGCGUUGCACGCGUGCGCAUAUGCCAGUGAAGGCUUGCUGAGGAGGAGAGCGGAGAGGGCCAUUCCAGAGGAAAUGACAUUUAGGACGCAGGAAGAGGUUGCAAGGAUCAAGGUGAGGCAGCACUGGGAGGGACCAUGGCACGUGCGCACCGAGGGAGGAAGGCGUCGUGGAGAGCGGCUUCCGAUUCCACACUUGGCCACGCUCGCAUCAAGGCUCGCACAAAAAUGGACAAACGUGCAGCAGCUGACGAUCGAGAGAGCGGAGUGGCGGGCGCAGGGUCUCGAUCUGCCCACCCUCUUGCUCGAUUUGGGCUGCUUGAGCCAGAUCUGCCACCUCAACCUUGACGACGUCACGUUCCCUUCGGCCCUGACGUUUUGGCGCCUCGUGUGCACCUUGCCUCACCUGAGGUGGCUUUACCUCCGUGACGUCACGUUCGUGAAGACUGCCAUCGGUGGCCGGGCAUUCUCGGCCUUUCGCCUGCUGUCCGCUACCAACCUGGAGCACGUGUGGCUGUGGUCUGACCGUCGCCCUGGAUCACGCGCAACGGACUCGGCUGGGCUGCUUCAGGUGAUUUCAGCGCAGCCCGUGCUAUCUCUCAGGGCACCUCCAUGGAGCAAGGUCUGGUCUUUGGAAUUGUGGGAUGUCACGCUUCCGACGGCUGCUGCCUUUGCACGCUUGCUUUACGCUCUUCCCGACCUCCAACUGCUCGUCAUCCAUGGGCCAUGUACAUUUUCAGACCAUGGCUUCACCCCCACCGAUGUCCCGCCGCACCCUGGCAUGCCAUCGGGAUUCAGAACUAUAGAGCUGGGCAAGAACUUCUCCCUAUGCUCUGAUCCCCAGUCCGUGCAUGACCUCGUCGACAUCCUCAUCCGAUCUGGUGCCAGUCGCCGCCUGGAAAAGAUCACUGCUUGGCUGUCCCCGUCCUUGCGUGUACCCACAAGCAUAGAUGUCGCUCUCAAUAGACUCGUCAAGCAUGCUGGACAAUCACUAAAGUGGCUUGAACUCAUGGCGCUCCCGCAGGAGAACUUACCGCUUUUCUAUGAAGCCUCCGCAUAUGCAGCUCCGAGCAUAGCCAAUUGCUUCGAUGUUUUGGCGAAUACACAUCUCUCGUACCUUCUCUGUUCAGUCGAGAUCACCCGUGAGGGCAGUUCAUCGAUCUCUCCUCUACUAGACCUUCUUCACCAGAUUACAUUAACAAUCUCUCAUCACAUGGAAUUGCGUCUUCGUCUCACGGAUGAUGCGGACCUUGCAACGUUGUGGGCUGACCUCCCAUACCUGGACGCCGCUCUCACCCAAACUUCAUUUGACAAGCUUGCAGGUGUCUGGAUAACCUUUCAUCCUGCGAAUGAAUCCACAAGUAUUCCCAGAGCCAUGGUAUCAUCAUGCCUACCACAGCUGGAUGCACGGUCCCUUUUGGGGUGCGUACCUUUCUUGCGUCCUCACUGCGGCUCUGAUGGAUGCGUCUUGUCCAUAGCAUUGAUGUGA